GUCUGUGGCUGAUACAUAGUGCGACGAAAGAAAUAAAGAAAAUAUCUAGCGUAUAUCAAGUGCAUCAGGCCCGGGUAUUGUUCACAUAUUAGCGAGUCACGCGUUGUAUCAAGUAGACUUCCUGGGCUAGCAUAUGGUGUAUUCGGGACUAGACAACCGAUGUAUACAUAAAGCGGAAAAAAUUUGCAUCCCCCCACAGCUUUGCAUCCCUCCUUUCCUCUCCUAGUCGGAGUUCCCUCCUACGCUCUACUAUUCGGGGAACCAUGGAUCCAAAGCUUGAGAAGGGCAGUUUCACAGAGGGUAAAAUCGAAGACGUUCGUGAGGUGCUCAACAACAAUGUCAAUGCGAGGAUCCAGAACCCUCUGCAUGGUAUCCACCGUGACGACCUUCUUCGAGAUGUCGAAAGAUUUGCCCGCGAAAAAGACCUAGAGGAGCAGCUCAAGCUUCUUCAGAAAGGCGCACUUCUCGCGCAGAACCCUAGUCAGUUCGAAACUAUCCCAGAACUGGAUGAAGCAGACCGCCAAGCCAUUCGCCGCGAGAAGACCCAUCGUUGGGACCAAAAGUGGGACUUGUACAAAACAGUCGUCAUCUGUUCGAUUGCUGCGGCCGUUCAGGGUUGGGAUCAAACGGGAUCUAACGGCGCCAAUCUAUCUUUCCCUGAGGAAUUUGGCAUCAGCUUGAAAGCUUCGAAUCCUCACGCUGCGCGAAACCAAUGGAUCGUAGGCCUCAUUAACUCAGGCCCCUAUAUUGCAAGUGCAUUAUUAGGAUGUUGGUUGACCGAUCCACUCAACAACUUGCUCGGUCGUCGAGGCACCAUUUUCUUCUGUGGGAUAUUCUGCGUCUUCGCCGUGCUCGGACAAGGGUUCUGUCAUACAUGGCCACAACUUCUCGUUUGUCGUCUCCUUCUUGGACUUGGUAUGGGUCCCAAAGCUACGACGGUCCCGGUCUUCGCUGCCGAAAAUACUCCUGCAGCUGUCCGAGGUGGUUUGGUAAUGUCUUGGCAAUUAUGGACCGCGUUUGGCAUCUUCCUUGGUUUCUGUGCCAACCUAGCUCUUUAUCGCGUCGGCAAAAUCGCAUGGCGUCUCCAGAUAGGCUCUGCUUUCCUCCCUGCCGUUCCUCUAGUUCUUUUCGUCUUCACCUGCCCCGAGUCUCCUCGCUGGCUCAUGAAGAAGAAUCGUUACAAGGAAGCGUUCCAGUCUUUCCUUCGCUUGAGGAACACACCGCUUCAGGCUGCAAGGGAUCUGUACUAUGUCCACGCGCAACUUGAGGCCGAGAAGGAAGUGCUGAAGGGAUCUACUUUCUUCAGCCGUGCAGUGGAGUUGUUCACGAUCCCCCGUGUCAGGCGGGCAACGCUUGCGAGUUGGGUGGUGAUGAUUGCCCAGCAAAUGUGUGGUAUCAAUAUCAUUGCCUUUUACUCGAGCACCAUCUUUUCCGAGGCUGGAUAUUCUACGAAGAGCGCGCUAUUAGCCUCGUUUGGGUUCGGUCUCGUCAACUUCCUUUUCGCCUUCCCUGCUGUUUGGACCAUUGAUACUUUUGGUCGUCGGAACCUCCUCCUUUUCACGUUCCCCAACAUGGCAUGGUGUCUCCUUGCAGCUGGUCUCGCUUUCCUCAUCCCAACAAGCAAUAACUCUCGCGUUGGUGUCAUUGCGUUCUUUGUCUACCUCUUCACUGAGGGUCCCGUGCCUUUCCCUUAUUCUGCGGAAGCCUUCCCUCUCACCCAUCGUGAGAUUGGCAUGUCCUGGGCUGUCGCGACGUGCCUCUUCUACGCUUCGGCCCUGUCCAUCACUUUCCCCCGCAUGUUGAGUGUCCUUGGAAGUCUUGGUGCUUUCGCGUUCUAUGCUGGUUUGAACAUGACUGCCUUCGUGAUGAUCUUCCUCCUCGUACCUGAAACGAAGCAGCGUACGCUCGAAGAACUCGACUACAUCUUCGCCGUUCCAACUAGUCGCCACAUGUCGUACCAGCUUAAGGAAACACUCCCUUAUUUCAUCAAGCGUUACAUAUUCUGGAAUAGGAGUGCUGAACUCAAGCCGUUAUACAACUUUGAUGAUGUUGUGUCCGUCAGUGGUGUUCCUGAAGUUGCAGCUCAUUAGGACUUCGACUAGAGAGAAUUGAGCUAGCAUACGAAUCAUGAAGUUUGGAACCCCUAGGUCGCUGAUGGGAAAAUAGCUCGUUCCUAGGUGUACCUUAUACUCUUUAAUCUUUUCUUUUUCCUUUUUU